AUGGCCGAGUUAGACCGGGUCCCUCCCUCCACCACAGCAUACGUGAUAGCUACAGCUAUCCUCGCUGGCAUCACUGGUUAUUUUAUUGGGCAGGGCGCCUCAUUGGGACUAUUUUCCUCGGCCAAAGAGAAGGAAGGCUGGCCCAACAACUACGAAGAUGACAGCGAGGAGGAAGGCGAUGGUGGCGAGCUGGCCAAUUUCGACGACAGCAACGAGGAAGUGAAGCUUGUGCUGGUUGUGAGGACGGAUCUGGGCAUGACCAAGGGCAAAAUCGCCGCCCAGUGCUCGCAUGCAACGCUCGCCUGCUACAAAUACCUCAUCGCGCAUAACCCGCAGUCACCUAUCCUGCGGAGAUGGGAACAACAGGGACAAGCAAAGAUCGCCUUGCAGACAAAGUCGGAGGAGGAAUUACAGUUGCUGCAAGCACAGGCGAUGGGCUUAGGCCUCUGCGCUCGCGUGAUCCAGGAUGCUGGACGGACACAGAUCGCCAGCGGCAGCAGGACGGUACUUGGAGUUUUGGGGCCAAAGAGUGUGGUGGAUCAAGUAACGGGGCAUCUAAAGCUGUUGUAAAUGCUGAUGGCGAUAAUGGGACGAAUGUAUGUAUGUGAAUGUAGAAUUCGCGAAUGCUUCACUCAACCAGCGAGUUUCUGGAAUUACGAAGUACGUCGCAUAUACGAUCCACGCGAUGCCAGGUUCGUAGGUGUCUACGAGACCAUCUCUUGUAGUUCAUUCAAUCUACACAAAUCCUACAGAAUAAUACUGCGCAAUAAAAGUAGCAAAAAGGUAUGUUGGCUAGUCAUGGUUUUUCCCUAACCUCACAGGCCGACGGCCAAAUCGGUAAAGGGAUCAGGAA